AUGAACGAACAUCGUGCCGAAAAACACUCUGUCGAACAUGCCAUGCAGGACUUGCUCAGCAGUCCAGCUGAGUCCUGGAAACCACGAGAAUCGGGAGAAGGGUCGACUGGUCAAUCAAAUCCAGCCGUAGCAUCAGCAAGAGAUCGUAGUGUGGCUGAGAAACGCCUGAAGCGCAAGUUGGACCUACGACUCAUACCGACAAUCGUUCUCAUAUACAUGUUGGAUUAUAUUGACAGAAACGCUAUUUCAACGGCAAGGCUGAAAGGAUUAGAACAUGACCUAAGUCUCACAGAUAUCCAAUAUGACACGGUGGUCGCCAUUUUCUUUACACUGUACUGUGCGGCCCAAGUACCUUCAACUAUGCUUCUGAACCGCGUUCAAAGACCGUCGCAGUACAUCGGAUUAUGUGUAAUUGCCUGGGGAUUGACAACUGCUAUGACCGGGAUAACUCAAAAUUAUGGUGGAAUCCUCAUCUGCCGCCUAUUGACGGGUCUUUCGGAAUCUGUCUUUAUCCCAGGAUCCAGCUACUUCCUCUCGCGAUGGUAUACUCGAAAGGAACUCACUUUAAGAACAUCGAUUGGUCUCGCGGGUAUUAUGUGCUCAAAUGCGUUCGGCAGUCUUAUGGCUGCUGGGAUUUUGUCGAACAUGGAAGGUAAACGCGGAAUCAGGGGAUGGAGAUGGUUGUAUUUUAUUGAGGGAGCUAUCACUAUUAUAAUCGGACUAUUUUCAUUAUGGUCUCUUCCCGACCUUCCGAACAAUACGCGUUGGCUGUCUCCGGCUGAGCGUCAGCUUGCUCAAGCGCGUCUUUCUGAGGAUGCCGGCGAAGCAGAUGAAGAUCUCGCCCAGGACUCAAUGUGGAUGGGACUGAAAAUGGCAGUUAGAGACAUUAAAGUCUCUAUCUUCGCUAUCAUGCUCCUAAGCACGUAUCUCGGUCUAUCAUUCACCAACUUUUUCCCCAGUUUAACAGCGACGCUUGGAUUUGACACCACUAUUACGUUGCUUCUGGCUGCGCCGCCAUGGGUAUUUGGUGCUACCGUUACCUGCAUAAACGGAUAUCAUGCAGAUAAAACUGGUGAACGCUUCUUCCAUCAAUCUAAUUCACAGUGGGGGACAAUCAUUGGCUUCAUUAUCGGACUGUCAACGCUCGUCACUGGAGGCCGCUACGUUGCUCUAUUCCUGCUGGCUGCUGGUCACGCAAGUCUCCCAAUGAUCUUUGUGUGUGUAUCCAAUACAAUUCCGCGUCCUCCCGCAAAGAGAGCUGCUGCAAUCGGAAUCGUCACGGGUAUUGGGAACGUGGGAAACCUAAUCGGGUCAUACACUUGGAAAGCCGCUUGGGCCCCACUGUAUCAUCAAUCAAUGAUUAUAGGAACCGCAGCGAUGGUGCUUAGCUCGUUCCUUGCAUUUGUUAUGCGUUGUAUGCUGAAGCGUAUGAACAAGAGGUUGGAUGAAGAUGAACUCGGGGCACUUAAAGACGCCAAUCGUGAACGCGUUGAAGAUGCGGCUCUCCUGGAGGGCAUAACACUAGAAGAGGCUAUGGAGAGAAAGAAAGGAUUCAGAUACCUUUAUUGA